GCUCUGGAAAGGAUCUCUUGCGUGAUCACAGACCUGCUUCGGGUGGAUUUGCGCUUAAUCUGUUGGUGGUGAACGAGCAUAAAGCCUCACGUUUUACACUGUUUGGAGGAUUUUACUGGAUAUAGAUUAAGGAUUGGUUCAGGAUGGACAUGUUCAACAUCAUACAAGCCUUGAUUUAAAAAAACAAACACUUUGUCAGAGCUCCUAGAUUUUGGAGGGAGGUCUGUUUUUUGGUUUGUUUAACUUUUCUGACACUCUUAAUUCUGCUACCGGAGUGAUCUCUGAAAAUGAUUGGAUAGUUGAAAAGACUAUUGUCUUGUGGUAUUUUGGAUUACAUUGAAACGGAGCAGAGUUUAUUAUCAUUCUUGACUCAUCUGUUCGUUCACAUUUUGGGUCACUCUGACAAACAGAGACAUUCCCUCCUCCAAAUGAAGGUCUUGCUGAUGUUGCUAAUACCACAAAUGCGAGAGCAGAAAACUGGAGUCAGAAUGCCGCAAGGAGGACAUAUUUAGAACCCAAAACAACUGAAGAAUAAGUCACUUAUACAAACAAUUGCACCUUUUGAGUGCAUCUGCUUGAAUACAGACGAGCACUAUUAUCACCCCCUUCUCCAAACUCCUCAACAUGUUUUCCCCAACGACAGCCAUGCCCCCUCCUCCUCCUCUCCUAACAGAAAGUGCUCUUCCGGUGCCCAGUGUACCAUCAGCCGGCCCAUACACAGAUCAUGACUUGCUACGGCAGGAGCUGAACUCUCGUUUCCUGGCCUCUCAGACUGCAGAUCGAGGAGGUGCUCUGGCUCCUCCAGCUUACCUGCGCACAGAGUUUCAUCAGCACCAGCACACACACCAACACACACAUCAGCACACCUUCACUCCCUUCCCCCAUUCCAUCAUGCCCAAUCCAGCAGCACCACUGGUGCGUACCCCUGCCAGACAAUUUGAGAAAUAUCCUGCUAAAGUGGACAACUUUCAGAGACACAGUUUGGUCCCGUCCUAUCCGUCAGUAAUGACUGGAAUACCUCCUAUGGUUCCACCUGCUGGACCAUUCAGCUCUCUCCAGGGAGCUUUUCAGCCCAAGGCUUCCAACCCAUUAGAUGUGGUGUCAAGACCAGGAUCAGUGCCACAUCAACAUUUACAGAAAGAUUCAAGGCUUCUUGACCCCAUGUGUAAACCAAAGAAACCUGGGAAGUGGUGUGCAAUGCAUGUCCACAUUGCAUGGCAGGUUUACCAUCAUCAACAAAAAAUUAAGAAGCAGAUGCAGAUUGAGCCACAUAAGUUAGAGUUUGGCUUUAAGCCUGAGUUUCUGAAUCAGUCAUCUGGCUCCAACUUCAUGGGACUGCAGCCACGUGAUUUACCCCGUCCAUCCACCAUCCUCUCUAAUGCAGGUCCCACACACCCUUCAGUUUCACCCUACGGAUCCUUACAGCAUACCCCAAGCAAUCUGCAGUCUGGUCUUGUCCCCCAUCAUGAAUCUCUUAAUAAAGCAGUCACGUUUGGAGGCCUAACUACACUGAGUUCAUCUGCCUUUGGAGGACUAGGAAACCCUUCACUAACACCAAAUGCAUCAAAUGGGGCUAAAGAUGGUAAAAUGGUUGCAACUUUGAAUGGACCGCUGGAGCACUGGAACAGACUGCACCAGACGCCCUCAUCCUUCCCUACACCCCCUCUUUGUCCAAGACCUUCUGAAACCGAAAGAGCUCCCUCUGCACCAGACAGAGUAGCUAAUAAGAUAGACUCUGUAGACAACAAACAAGACCAGGAAAGAGAGCUGAAAGAGAAAUCGAACGGAAAGCAUUUAUCCCCUGUCAGAAACAUUGCACUGGAAAACAAACAACCAACAGAGUCCUUAAAAGCUUCCACUCCAGAAGAGCCUAAGGAAGAAGAGCGGGCAAGAGAGAAACCCACUGCCCAAGAGCUCCUGCACCAGAACCGAGAAAUCGAGGAGCAGAAACACAAAGAGAUUCAAAGUGACAAAAAAGAAAAGGAUGUCAAGAGCGAGCAACAGCAGUCUGCAGAGGACAAGCCAGCAGGAAAGGAGAGAUCAUCACCCAAGCAGAGAGAGGAUCUGAAGAGGCCAAAUACUGAUAGCCAACCCUGGGAGCCAGCUGAGAAGAAGAUAAGAGUGGAGUUUGAACCCCAUGCCAAGACUAGCAAGGUGAGGGUCAAGGAGGAAAGGAGAGAUGACCAGGACCAUGAUGUUACAUCACACCUGAAAGUUUUAGAAAAAACAUGGCAGGGUCCCAGAACCCCUGCUAUAAACUGUUCACCUCUUUCAACACUUCCUUUGCCAAUAGGAAUCCCAGCUGGCCACCCUGGUCUGGAUAGGUCCAGGUUGGUCUCACCUUUUCUGGGAAUGGGUCCAUUACCUGUAGCUGAAAGGCUGCCUUACUCACCUCAGCACUGGGAGUCUAUGCGGAAUGUUUACCGGGGUCUAGACCUUCCUCGUAGAGACUUGUUGGGCAAGGACCUCUUAAUGAGGGCCGACCCACUCCAACGUGCCAUAAUGGGGCACCCUGCUUACGCACGGGAGCCUUUUCUUCAAUCGAUGGCUCUGGAGCAAAGGAAUCACCUGGAGGAGCGGCAGCGCCUGGCCUUCCUGAGAGAGGAGAGCGAGCGAAGCCGCAUAUUGGCUAUGCACCACACUGCACUGGAUCCACACUUAGCACAUCCAGGACUCUUAGCAGCAGCUUAUCCCGGUGCAGGGCUCCCACAUUACAGCCCUCUCAGUAGAACUCUACCCGCUGCCUAUGUACAUGCCCAACCACAUCCACUUUUUCCAAUGCUACCAGCAAGGGCAGGGUCUCCGAGACGAACAAACCCUCUUUUGGACAGACCUCUUUCACACCCACACAGAGACACUGAGGCUCGGUGAGCUGGACCGUAUUGGGAACUGAAGGACCCAUGUAUAUCAAGCACUUCAUGUGAAACUAAGUGUAGUCAUGAAAUGUACAGUGGUGGAAAGUCAUAAAGUUUUUUUGUUUUGGUUUUUUUUUUGUCAAAAAAUAUUAAAAUGGCUUUUCUGAGGAAAAAAUGGCUUUAUUCU